AUGGCAGGCUUUACAAUUCUACCUGAUGAGUUCUCUGAAAUUUAUGAAGAUGUCUAUGAAGAGCUAAAUACCAUCAGUGACCACAUCGUUUUAAACACAUCGUACACUGGCGACCACGCUCAGCCCUGUGAGGUCCAUCCAUUUCCCCAAACUCUUAAAAUCUUAAAUUGUAUAAUCUACAUGCUGAUCUUCUUGCUGGCCAUCCCCGGAAACAUGGUAGUGGGCUUAGUAGUAGGCUCCAGCCGAUAUAAACUCAGUCCUUCAGAUCUCUUCCUGUUUCACCUGGCUAUUGCCGACAUUAUGCUGGCUGUAACAAUGCCACUCUGGUCUGUCUACUUCCUUCAGGGCUGGGUGUUUGGUGACGGCACCUGCAAAAUUGUUAGCAUGGUUCUCGAGGCCAACUUUUACACCAGUAUACUUUUUCUGGUGUGCAUCAGUGCAGACCGCUACAUGGUGGUGGUUCAUGCAUCUAAAGAGGGUAUUGGUGGACAAAAUAGACAUGUAAUUUGCAGCUGGAUCACUUGUGCUUCUGUCUGGACCCUGGGCUUAAUGCUUUCCCUCCCUGCAGCUAUCUAUUAUAAGUCGUACCCUUCACAGAAGGAUGGUAAAAUGGAAUGUGGUGAGCACUAUGAGACCUCCAGCGCAGCUAAUUGGCGGAUUGCAACACGAAUUUUGCAUCAUUUUCUGGGCUUCCUACUUCCUUUGGGAGCCAUGCUGGGUUUCUAUGGAGUCAUUAUUGCCCGACUUGUUCGUACUCGUGGCUUUCGGAGGCAGAGGGCAAUGAAAGUGAUUAUAGCUGUAGUAGUGGCUUUCUUGCUCUGCUGGUGUCCCAACCACCUGGCUGUCAUGGUGGACACACUGGUUAGGGCAAAGGUGGUCUCUGGUUGCCAGAGAAGUUACCAAACAGACCUGGCACUGCAGGUCACCAAGAGUCUGGGCAUGCUUCACUGCUGCAUUAAUCCCAUUCUUUAUGCCUUUGUUGGGGAAAAAUUUCGAGCAAACCUAAAGAGGCUAAUGGCUAAAAGAAGGGUUGUAGAAAGGGAGUCAUCAUCCAGAUUUAGCAGACUAACCUCCUUAACAUCGCAGGACGGUAACAAUACCCUCAUGUGA